AUGAUUAGGACUAGUAGUAAUUUGGAACAACGGGAAGGAAUGAAGGAUGCACCACUCCAUAUUGAUUUUAAGGAAAGUGGUUUAAAGGAUUUAUCGGAUCUGAUGAAACAACUUAAUGACAAUUCUUCACCACCCACUACAAAUAUCCCUAUUACUCCCCCAACAAGCAAAAAUCCUAAAUCUAAAACUUCUUCAUCUGAAAAGAAGGUUUCUCUCGCUAAAUUAUUGGGGAAGAGUAAGACAAUAACAACUUCACCCAAAUCUAGUCAACUCUCACCAGAAACAAACAAGGAAGAAUUGAAAAUCAAAACUCCAAAUAAUGAAGAUCCUGCUCUUUCAAAUAUAGAACUAUCAUCCAAUAGCUCUCCUCCUUCUCCUCCUCUUUCACUAUCACCUCCUAAACAAUUAAUCAUUCCACCCAUUUCCAUCCCAGACUCAAUCUAUUCUCAGCCAUUGGAAAGAAUUGAAAUAGAUCAUAGGACAGAAUCUCCACCUCCUCUUCCACCAGAUUCGCCAAUGUCUUUUGGAUUACCAAGUCCAAUCUCCUUUCCACUAAACCCAUUCAUUUCCUCUCCAAUAAUAUCACCUAGGACUUCCCAUAUUCUCUCAGGAAUUCAUUCACCAAUAAGAUCAAAAACUCCAAAACGAAAUCUAGUUGAACUAAGCAUUGGAGAAUUGACAAAAUCCGUGACAAAAAUACAAAAAAUCAACACUCUAUUCGAUCAGAACAAUGACGACUCGUAUGAGUGGAGCAGUCUAUGUUCACAAAUAGGAGCAAACAACAGCUCUCUCAAGGAAAUUGUUCUUAAAAAAUGUAGUCUCGAUGAUGAUCAACAUUUCCUGACAUUCUUUGAAUCUCUCAUUGAGAAUGAUGUACAUUUACAAGUAUUGGAUAUUGAAGGAAACAAAAUGAGUUCAGAAGCAUGCUCGUAUCUAGGAGAGUACUUAUUCAUGUCGAGAGAUACACUAAAAGUGCUCAAUCUAAGAAAUAAUCCUUUAACAGAUGAAGGAGUGUGGAAUAUUGUUCAGUCAUAUAAGGAGGUUUCUGAAAAAAUAGAUUAUAUUUCUCAACUCACUGAAAUUGAUAUUUCUGGAGCUCAAGUGUCGGAUGAAGGAUUGCUGUGCCUAGCUCUCUUUGCCAAAGAUUACUUACCAAAUUUGUCAAGUCUAAAAUGUUUUGGAAAUUGCAUUACUAAUAUUAAUGUGAUUAAAGACUUGGUAAAAGACAGUGGAAAACUGAGACAUGUGGACUUCUGGAAAAAUAGUAUUCAAGUGGAAAGUUUAGCUAGGUUGGCAACCUCAUCAACUAAUCUUAUUUCGCUCAAUCUGGGAUGUAAUUUUUUGGGAGAUAAGGGAGUUGUUGUAAUUUCCAAAUAUUUAUCAAUUGCAAAGAAUUUAAGAUGUUUAGAUCUGAGUGGAAACGAAAUAAGAGACGCUGGAGGUUUCCAUCUAGCAAAUGCAAUUCUAGUUAACUGUGGGCUCACAUUGUUAAAUUUGGCAAAUAAUUUACUGACUGAAAAUUCAGUUUCUAGGAUAAUAGAUUGUAUCAAAAAUCACCCAACCCUUUGUAAUUUAUCAAUAACAAGAAAUAGAAUCAACCCCGUACGAGUUCAAGACCUGAAUAGGUAUAUCUCUGAUGUAAAUGCUGUUAGAAAACGACUAGGAUAUCCAGUUUGUAAAUCAUUCAUCUCAACCUCAAUUGACUUGCCAACAUCCUCUCCAAGAAAAUCAUUGAAUCAAACUCUAACCACCAGCUCCAAUGAUUCGUUCGAUGAAGAGCUGACUCUCUCCAUUUCCCACAAUACUCACACCCCUCGAGCUUUUACCCCUAAUUUUGAGAUUGAACCAAUCCUCAGUCCUUCUCUAAAUCUCUCCCCUCCUGUUCAUCAGAACUUCCUGUCCACCGAAUCAAUCCAAAAACCGAAACUAACCCCUUCCAGAUCAUCCCUUGAAUUGCAAGAAGAAGUUGACACUAUUCAGGAGGCUCUAAAAACUUUGAAACAAAACAGAGAGGCCAGGAUUAUGAAGGAACAAGCAGUUCCAGAACGUACAAAGAUGAACGAAAUGGAUGCAGAUUCGGUGAGCCAGAGAGAUUUGAGCUCAUAUACAAGCAGGACCAGUGUGGAUUCCAAAACAGGAUCCAAGUUUUUCAUUUCACUCCUUUUCAUUCCAUCCUCAGUGAGUUUUGUCCAGGAUAAGGAUGAUACAUUCUAUCUUAAAUUUAGUUCCUCUCAGAUUAUUAUCAAACGACAAAGGAAACUCUUCAAAAAAACAAAAACCAUUCUAUCAGCAGAAGUUUCAGAAACGAAACUUGAACCAAGCCCACAAUCAAAUGCAAUCUUUACAUUAACAAUAGGAGGAGAAUCAUUUGGAAUUAAGAUACUCAGUGGCAGAGAACAAGAUUUUGUCUUGUCAUUCCUUCACCUUCAAGAAAUGAUAUUGGAUAUAUCACCAUUGUCAUCACCAUCGGCAGCGAAUACCAUUUCCCCUCGAUCUAGUAGUCAUCACUCCUCACAGCCUAUACCAAGUGUUGAUUAUCAAUGUAGAAAUUCGGAAGGAAAAAUUGAUUCGGAAAAGUACACUGAUGCUCAACAAUUAAUUGCUCGAAAGAUUUAUGUUUGUGUGUUUUUACAAGAAUAUUCGAGUGUCUUGUUUAGAAAUAAUAUUCCCAAGCUUUAUGAAUAUUUAACAGAUUUACAGAAUAUAAUUAACAGUGGAAAGGUGGAUGAUAUUACCUAUGCUCAACUUUUAGUGACAAUAACAACCAUGUACAUUACACACAAUUUACAUCAAGUGAAUCCAACAAUGAUUGCCAAUCACAUUUCUUCUCUGAUGCAAUAUAUUUCAAAAACAGUAAAUAAUUCACAGUUUAGACUUCAAAGACAGAUGGCAGCAGAUUCUCUUCAAGAAAUACUCUACUUUUAUCAUGUUAGAAUUACAGAUUUUAUUCCAACAGUGUUGAAGUGUUGUCAGACUGAGAAUUCACAUGCCCUUCAAUCAUUUUCUACCUUAUUAGCAAAUUUAAUUUAUUUGGAAACAAACAAGACAAAGAGAGAAGUUGUCAAUAGUUUGACUUUUCUUAUUGAAAAUAUUCAGAUCUUUACAAUUUGGGGAAGAGCUGCAAUUUUUGAAAUAAUUUCACAAAUUAUCAAGGAUACUGAAUAUCCAGAUCAUGUUUGGAAACGAGUUUUUAGGAAAUUCAAACAUAGUAUCAACUCGUAUUUGGUUCAUAUAUUUUGCCAUAAUACCAUUUCAAAUAAGCAACAUAUUAGAGAUGACUACGUAUUGAGUGUGGAUGAUUAUAGUCAGCCUUUGUAUGUGAGAGAGCAAUUACUUUAUUUCCAAAACAAUCCAGAAAAGAUUGGAAUUAAAUAUUUUGAUGAACUACCAAUUAAGAAGGAAAAGUGCAAAAUUAUUUCAACCAGGAAAACUAACGAUAUGGAGAACAUGUUACAUUUACUGGACUGUGUAGCCGAUUACAGAUAUUACAUGAAGGCCCUCUCCAAAUACUAUAGCAAAUCAUUCAAGCAGCCACAAAUUCAAGAAGAAAGUGCUCCAAAUGUUUCUAGAAUUGAAAGACAAUUAUACAUUCGUUUAGAUAUUAUAUUCAAUUUCAUCUAUUUCUCCUAUCAAAAUAAUUCCACUCAAUACAAACCAACCCUGGACUUUUUGGUUGACAUGUUGGAAAGAGAAAGUAGUUUGAAUCUUUUAAUUUCUCCAAUUUUGAAUUAUACAAUUUCAUUAAUCAAUUCACUAAGUUUUACAGACUCAAAUAAUGAAUUAGUGAAUGGACUAUUCGAUCACAUAGUCAAUCUACCAAAUGAAAACCUUGGCUAUUAUUUCUCGCUCUUUGAGGCGCUGAUUAACAACUUGAGAAAGGAUCAAGUAACUAAAAUGUUAUCUUGUCUUCAUAAAUUUGUGAGGAGCAAGCUCAUUGCCAAUUUUGGUGAUUGGCAUCAUGGAGAUUCUGUUCUUUCCAUCAUUAGAAUGGUUGUCUAUCGUGCAUGUAAUGAACCAUCCUGUUUCAAAAAUGAUGAGGUCCACCUUGAGCAAGAACAACAGGAAAUCAGUAAUAAUAUUUUAACUCUACUCAUUCAGGAUUAUAAUAGUUUGGAAAUCAAACAAAGGAGUAGCUUUUACUUUAACAUAAUCAACCAGGUAACAAAUAAGAGGAAACUUUUGGGUAUUUUUGGUUUUGAAACAGAUUUGGAUAUUAAGAAGGAUGGAAUUCUUGGAUCAGGCAAUGUCUUUGAAAUUACUGAACCAAUUCCAGUACCAAAUAUUCUCAGUGUUUCAUUUGUGAAGAAUAUUUGUCAUGAGCUUUCACUGGAGCAACAAACCAACUCAUUCAGGGUUGGGUCUGCUGCACAUCUGGGAUCUUUGAGAAAGGACGAUUCUUCCCAUAUUCUCCACUUUUAUUUUGAAAAAUAUUUGAAGAGUUUCAAGUAUCAAAUUCAAUUACAGUACAAGUUAUCACCAAUGAAUGUUUCCUCUCUCAGUUUGGAUAUGGACAAAUUGGUUGGCAUUGAGUUGUCAUUUGGAGGUGAAGAUGCUCAUCGAUUUGUUGGAAUUGAUAAUUUUAUUAAUGUUCCAUACAUUAAACUUCCAUCACUCGAUCUUAAAACCUCACAAGAAGAGGAUAUCCUUCUCCCAUCCGAUCACUUAUUCACCAUCAAAUUUUUCCCAUUGAAACCUCUUCCUGGCCUCAUUAAUGUCACUGCCACCUUCACUGGCAUUAAAUCAUCAACACAAUCGACUACUAUUGAGCCAUCUACUGCCUACUGUCAAACUGUAUUGAAUGACAUUUCCAUUGAAUUUAAAGACUUAUUCCUACCAAUCUUUGACAAGGACCUCCCAGAUAAUCUCACUAAAGAGACACUCUUUGAGGCCAUUUGGAAUUGUAAGGAUGCUAAAAUUGUAUCAAGUGUCAAAGUAUUGAGAAAUACACAGGUGAGUGAGGUUAUGGAUAGUUACAAAUUAUUUGCAGUGAAUCAGAAUGAUUAUAUUUUCAUCUUUCUCCCUCCUAAAUAUCACCUCCUUAUCAAGUUGACUCAAAAAGAGGAAAAUGCUCAUCUUUCCAUUAAGACUGACUAUUGGCAAGUGUUGUCCCUCAUUGAUGAAAUGUUCCAGCCAACAAUCAUUCCAAAAUCUAUCAACACAACUCUUGUCACUCCUGCACACAAUACAUCCGAUAAUAACAUUUUAUUGACAAGCUCUCUACCAAACACACCUUCCAGUCCACUUUCAGCCUCCUCUCCAAUCCAUGAAGAUGAAUAA